AUGGCUGUAUCCCGGCUGUCCUGUGACGAUGAGAAAGAUGCGGCGCUGCUCGCGUCCCCGGAGUUGGUACGGGAGGUUUCAAGUGAAAACACAGCAUCUGGUUUGGAGAGGGGAAAUAGUUCAGCUACGGACUUUGAGGAAGAGCUGGUCGUACCACCUGUUGUCGUGCGCUGUGUGGCAGAGCCGCUCAACUCGACGGUCGACGUGUCCAAGGUAGACGUUUUGAGUCUUGUCUCAAAGGUGGAUGUGUCGAGGGUCGAUGUUUCGAACGCCGAUUUGACAAGAGUGGUGGUGUUGGGCCAACGCACGCUAGAAACAGCUGGGGAGCGGCCUCCUGAUACUUGGUCUGCCACAAUUCCUAUAUUAGGAUUCCUCUUCGCCUCUUCCUUCCUGAAGUUUGAGUAUACGUACCGCAUACACAAUGUCAGCGUGUCCAUACUUGCAGUUGCUAGGGUUUUCUUUGCUUGCAUUCUCUUCGUGUCUUUCUUGGCCCCGAAUAUUCUUUUGUAUUCAUUAUUGUCAGCAGCUCGUCGCAUCCCUUUCAAGCUGGAAGAGGGCCAAGUCGCGACUCACUGUCAGGGGGCUUUGUGGUGUGCUAGUUACCUUCAUGAUACUUUUGGCGAACAUUGUGCCUAUGUUACUUCACCGGCUGAAGCUGCAUUGAACCGUGACGUUGAAUUAAGCACCUCAUUACGGUUUAUGGAAUCCUAA